GCGCAGGGCGACGUCAGCGGCGGGAAAUCCCCUCCCGCGCGGCUGCCUGCCUCUCUGCUCCGCCGGCGCUGCGCUCUCGCCCGCUCCGCCCCCUGUCCCUGCCCUGGCUCCCGCACCCUGGAAGGGCAGCGCCGGGCGGCCCGGAGCGCGAGAAUUCAGGGGGUGGGAAGGUGUGAGCCGCAAGCCCAGAGGAGGGCGGGAAGAGGAGGAGGCGCCGGGGGUGGUCAGGGGCACUGGGGGUCCCUCCGGCAGAGGUCCCUAGGUCUCCUGACUGACUGGCUGCGGCCACCUGCGGCCCGGACGCUUGGAGCUGCCUGCGGGACGGCGCGAGGAGCGGAGCCAUGGCCUCGGGUGGAUAUAACCCAUAUAUAGAGAUAACUGAGCAACCCAGGCAGAGGGGAAUGCGUUUUAGAUACAAAUGCGAAGGGCGGUCAGCAGGCAGCAUUCCCGGGGAGCACAGCACAGACAACAGCCGAACAUACCCAUCUAUCCAGAUUAUGAACUAUUAUGGAAAAGGAAAAGUGAGAAUUACAUUAGUAACAAAGAAUGACCCAUAUAAACCUCAUCCUCACGAUUUAGUUGGAAAAGACUGCAGAGAUGGCUACUAUGAAGCAGAAUUUGUACAAGAACGCAGACCUUUGUUUUUUCAAAAUUUGGGUAUUCGAUGUGUAAAGAAAAAGGAAGUAAAAGAAGCUAUUAUUUCAAGAAUAAAGGCAGGAAUCAAUCCUUUUAAUGUCCCUGAAAAACAGCUGAUUGAUAUUGAAGAUUGUGACCUCAACGUGGUGAGACUAUGUUUUCAAGUUUUCCUCCCUGAUGAACAUGGUAAUUUGGCAACUGUUCUUCCUCCUGUUGUCUCUAACCCAAUUUAUGAUAACCGUGCUCCAAAUACUGCAGAAUUAAAGAUUUGUCGUGUAAACAAGAACUGUGGAAGUGUCAGAGGAGGAGAUGAAAUAUUUCUACUUUGUGACAAAGUUCAGAAAGAUGACAUAGAAGUUCGUUUUGUAUUGAAUGAUUGGGAAGCAAAAGGUAUCUUUUCACAAGCUGAUGUACACCGUCAAGUAGCCAUUGUUUUCAAAACUCCACCAUAUUGCAAAGCUAUAAUGGAACCAGUAACAGUGAAAAUGCAGCUUCGGAGACCUUCUGACCAGGAAGUUAGCGAAUCUAUGGAUUUUAGAUAUCUGCCAGAUGAAAAAGAUACUUAUGGCAAUAAAUCAAAGAAACAAAAAACAACUCUGCUUUUCCAGAAACUGUGGCAGGAUUGUGUUAAUCUUCCUGAGAGACCAAGACCUGGUCCCCUAGGAUUAAUUGGAGAAGGAAGAUACAUCAAAAAAGAAUCAAACUUGUUUUCUCAUGAUGCAGUUUUGACAGAAAUGCCCAGGUCUUCAGGAGUUUCAAGUCAAACAGAAUCCUACUAUUCUUCACCUGUGUCCAUCUCAAGUGGAUUGUCCCAUCAUUCUUCAGCCUUACCCUCAAUGGUACCUCAGCCUUCUUCAAGCUGGUCAUCAGUGGCCCACUCCACCUCACGCUCAGUCAACACAAAUCCACUGCAUAGUUUCUCAACAGGGACACUUUCCUCUAAUUCACAGGGUAUCUCAUCAUUCCUGGAACCUGUAGGGAGUGAUUUAAAUGCUUCUAAUACAUGCAUUUAUAACAAUUCUGAUGACAUGGGCAGAAUGGAAACAUCAUCCAUGUCACCAGCUGACUUAUAUGGUAUUUCUGAUGCCAACAUGCUGCCUAAUUGCCCUGUGAAUAUGAUGACAACCAGCAAUGGUAGCAUGGGGGAGACUGAUAAUCUAAGACUUGUGAGCAUGAAUCUUGAAAACCCUACAUGUAAUUCAGUGUUAGACCCAAGAGACUUGAGACAGCUCCAUCAGAUGUCCCCUUCCAGUAUGUCAGCAGGCACCAGUUCUAAUACUACUGUUUUUGUUUCACAGUCAGAUGCAUUUGAGGGAUCUGACUUCAGUUGUACAGAUAACAGCAUGAUAAAUGAGUCAGGACCAUCAAACAGUGCUAAUACAAACAGUCAUAGUUUUGUUCAAAGUAGUCAGUAUUCAAGUAUUGGCACUAUGCAAAAUGAGCAGUUGGGCGACUCCUUUGCAUAUGAAUUUUUUCAAGUAUAGCUUGCAAGAUUUAAAUCCUUUUAAAUGUUUGCAGUCAUUUUGAUACCACUUAUAAUACCACAGUCAUUUUGUAGUCAUUUUGAUACCACUUAUAUAGAAGCAGCAUUUUAUAUUUGUCUGACCGAGAAUAUGAUAUGGAGGUUUUUUGUUUAUUUGUUUUUGGGGGAUGCGAGGUCAAAAACUUCCUUUUUAUGGAAGAAGUAUAAAACUUUGGGUAUAUAGUAAGUAAAAUUGGGAGUUGUAAGAAAAUUCAGAAAUAGAAACUUUAAAAGGCUUUACUGUUUCUUCUUUUGAAAGAUAUGAACUGAUAGCAUGCAUGGUCUGAAUUCUCUCUUUAGAGGCCCAUGACAUUUCCGCAGGACAGACUCUGAAGAGAACAUUAAAACAAGCUUUUCCGGUUUUU